CUCCGCUCCGCGGCGCGGCGCAGCGCGGCGCGUCCUCGCGGAUCGCGAGCUUUAGUCGCACGAUCUCGUCCGGAGCGUCGAGCCGCUCCACGUCGCGCUCGAGAGAGAGGCCUCGAGGAUCGAUCCUCUCCGGAUUGAUCGCGCCCCGCGCCCCGCGCCCGCCGCCCCGCCACCGAAAAAUCGCCGGAUGGUGCCCGAAGGUCCUCCAGUUUUGAUCCCGGAUCGAUCGAUCGCUUGGAACCGGCUCGGGACCCGGGACACGCUAGCCCGCGGCGCAGAGGAUCCUCCUUUGUCAGUGAAAGUUUCGCCGACGAAAGCUCGAUAACGUCUCGUGGUCAUGGUUCUCGUGAGUUCGGUGCAGGUGAACCGCGUGCGUGCUACACCUCACGCGUUCGGUGGUUCCUGAGCGUGUCUUCUUCGCAGGCCUGGGAUCAACUGUGAGAAAGGACGAACCGACUUCCGUGGUGAAACGUGUGACCGUUCUGUUGGCCGUUGAAGUCGAGGUCCUCGAAUCCGGUGUCUAUGAGCCCGUGAAAGCCAGUGCGACGAUGUCGUCGAGUGGUGAAUUUUCGACGCUGUCAAGCGGUGAAGUGACCGGGACAGGCGAUGACUCGUUGCCAAGCUCUCGGGAAGCAACCGCGGAGGCAGCGAACUCCGGGGGCGGAUUUAUGCCUCUGCGCGAGUUCCUGGACAGAUUCUCGUUACCAAGGGUGGUUAGGGUUGAAGGCGCCGGUGGGAGACCGAUACUCCUCUACAAGCAACAGCAACGAUCGCUCAGAGUCACGGCCACCCUGCUGAUGCACCGUUACCGUCACGACGUUAAAGUCGGACCGGAAAUCGUGAUCCCGGAAGGAUACCCCGGCUGGUUCUCCGUUGUCUCAAACAAUAGUGGUACCGGAAGUGCCAGAGUGUAUAGAAGAGUAGGAGCUUUAGUUCGGGCUGGUGUUCCAGCGUUUCUACUCGCUAAACCUCUCAGAGCUUACACGUUGACGCAUUCAAAAAUGGAAAACGGUAAUCUAAGGGCACACUACACGAAGACGACAGUCCGGGCAGGAGAAGUUCUGCGACUCGCCGCGGUUUUCCAAGAUACGCGGAGGGCGCCAGUAUCCAGCGGCAUUUCCGGUGUCGCCAGCGGCGUUCCGGAAGGUAAGAGUUCAAGGUCAUCGGAACGAGACCAGUAUGCGCAGUGCUUGGACUCUCACGGGCACGAGCUGUUCGCGCCGCUUUCCGCGAGAGGUGAAUUUUACGCGACUUGCCAGAGCGGAAGCCUCGACACCGGAAGCGACGCCGUAUUGUAUAGAGUUCAUCAGCUAGCCAGAAGAGAUCUUCCUCUGAGGGUACGAUUAGUUGCUGGACCGUUGCCCAUACCUCUACCACGAGAUUAUAGCGGCCUGAUGCAGCUGGAAGCCGCGACCAGGGGGCCCAUAGUGUUAGGUUGUGCAGUACCAUUGAUACCCGAGAGACCCUUACCGAAUUCCACGGUCCCAGAACUCCUUGAGUUGGUCGCAACGGGGCCCACAGCACCUCGAGUGAAGAGGGCGCGGCUCGGAUGUCCUUCUGAAGCACGGUUGCUGGCAUCGCCGAAGAUGCAACGGUUACUUUCAGCUUGCAGAAGAGCCUUGGACCAAAGAGCAACGGAACCUCGCGUGGCGCCGCCGAAGCCUCCAUUGAACAACGGGCCCCUGAAAGAGCUGCAUCUGAAGGAGAUCAAAUCGAAGACCGAGGCGAAGCCGAUCCUGCAGAGUCUGAAAGAGGGGCUCGAGCAUAUCAAACGGACGACGAUCCGGGACCGGAGCAACACUCGGAUGAACAGCGGUAAUAACCACAGCUUCCUCGACCGGAUCUCGAGGAUAGCUCAGGGUGGCAGGAGCAGGAACCCAGCGAAGAAGUCGGCCUCGUUCACGUUCGCCGUUCGGCCGGAAAUCGGCAUGAGGUCCGAGCGAUACGCCAGCUUGGAAUCGGAGACGAAUCUACUGCAGGCGUCGCCGUCCUCGAGGCAGCAGGUUCAACGAUCGGUUUCCACGAGCGUGCUCGAGGUUCAGACGCAGCAGGACCUAGACCCGCCGUACUCUAAGGUCAGGGACAGUUUAACGCCACUGCCAUCGACCCCGCCGUCGAAGACAGAGGAAAUCUACGCGGAGAUCUGCGAGCCGACGAUCGCCAGCCUUCCCGAAGAAAAACCGCCACCCGGGGGGAAGAAUGGGACCAGAGAGAAGGAUAGGGGAUACGUGAAGCUGGCGCUGUCCCAGUCGGAGAUAUCGGACGCGAACGCUGCGGACGAUGAAGAAGGAAUUUAUAACACCGUCUGCUGAUCGUGAUUCCUCCUGGGCUACAGGAGGUUCGUUAUGUUUCCGGGAAACGAACUGCAUCGAGGGGAGGGCGAGGGGGAGGAAGGAAGUGGAUGGAUCAGCCGCGCGCUGAUUUCCUAGCGAGGGUUCAUCGAUCGCGAAACAAUUGGAACGUUUUUCACGGACCUUCGGUCGUCUUCGACGUUGGCCAGUGUGCAACCGGUGUUGCUUGUCUUUAGCUGUUAUUUGAUUGUUCCUUUCGACGGGCGGAGAACGAUUACUGGCAUGACCCCUUAACAGUACGGCGACCAAUAUCGGAACGCAUCGAGUCCCCGGCGUUCAUUGAUGGAGAUAACACGCGACUUCCUGGGUCGAACUGGAGAACCGUUCGGGCAGAAACGGCGCGGCGAUGCACCAACGGAAUUUACAACGCCAUUUGCCGAAGAAAUUAUCCCUCCGAGGUCUUUUUCUCCCCUUUUUCCUAGCUGAGAACGGCGGCGUCCUUCACGGGGUACCGGGCGGAAGAUUUACAAGGCUGUUGACCGGGGAAAAUGAUCGCGUAAUUACGGUCCCGUGCGUGUACAGAGGAUGUAGCGGGCCUCGCCGGGACGCAGCGUGACUUCCGGUACCGGGAAUCUGUGCUGCGGCUGAUCGAUAUUAUUAGAACCGGCUGAUCGCUUCUAUCCGAUCACCGACAAAAUAUGUACAGUAGUCUCUCCAUAACUGGAGAAACUUCGAGUCCGCAGAGUUCCAGUUACAGUAGCGCACGGUUAACACGUUCCGUGCAACGUGUGCCGGCCCCGAUGGGCACACGUUAAACUUUCCAUUUAGGCCGCGCGUGGAACAUGUAUUUUAUAACAAGUUUUUCGGACUGAAUAUAAAUAUCAGGUCUACCGGAAAGUUCUGUCCGUUUUUUAAUUGAAAUAAUAACACAAUUUUCGUACAU